UAGUUUAAGAUUCACGAUAAUCAUUGUCACUAAUUAAUUGUCAGGUCUUUGAAAUCUUACCCCUGAGCCUGGUUCUUCGUUUUGGACGUUACAUGGGUGAUUAAUACAAAGGGGACAAGAGAAAAUAUUACAUAUCAUGAUGAUAAAAGAUGCGAAACUCUAGUUAAUUCACAGCGCCGGACUGUCAUCAGUCUGUGUAGACCCACUCGUUGAUGAACACGUACGCUUUGACGGCAAGUCCUGAUUUUCGGGGGGAAGAAGUCAACUUUUUGGUCGCCGCCGCCGUGGUGAACAUUAGUUCGGAGUGGAACAUUGAGGAGAAAACAGUUACACCUCUCUUUGUGAUUACCAUCAAGAAGGAAGUUACAUUGAAUGUUCUGAGGGUUUUUGACAGGAUUAAUGUUCAGCCAGCCUGCAGCAAAAAAGGGACAGUAACUUUUCUGUAUCUAGAUGGAACUCAUCAGAUUGUGAGGAUCGCAGCAUAUGUUAGGCUGAAACAGGAGUAUAUAGAAGGAGUGAACCAUCGGGACUUCACAGGUCAGAUCACAUUUGAGCAAGAUCCUGGAUGGACAACAUAUUCAACCCAGAGAUGAAGCGGUGAUGACAGGGCUUUGAUUUGAGGAAAAACCACAAGGUUCAAGAUGGGUCCACGGAUACGCAAGAAGAUACUUAUCCUGGGGAGCUCCAUCCUCUUCACUAUAUUCACCGUCCAGCUAACAGGUUUGAACAGCCUGAGGGAUGAUGACAACAAUGCCUUGCCCAGUACUAACGGAAAGUUCAGAACUUUUGUACCCAGCAAGGGAGACCGUAAAAGAAACUUGCUCCAUGCAGGGAAACAAGGGAAGGAAGAACUUGGAUUCGAUAGCAAAGACACUCGAAGAACCUUGCAAGAUAUAAGAACAGCGGAUGAAAUCAAAGGACAUCCGAGGAUACAGGCAGGGGAUGAGACUGCCCUGACUCAGGAUGGAGUGCAAGGGAUGAAGAAUGUUACAGUUGUCAUGACAACAAGACUCCAAUUUGAGAAUCUAUUUCCAUCGCUGCUGGAAGAGGAGCGGUGUCCGUUGUGCUACGGGACCACAAAUUGCGACCAGAUCUACGCAGGGAACAUCUCCUUCCACAUUGGAAGCGUGAACCUGAGUGAGCCUCACACGAUCAGAGGUACCUGGGGAGAUAGGAGGAUCGUGGGGAAGAGGCUCGUCUCUAGAGAGGUGUUUGAAAGAUUGGAGAAGAUCAUAUGUAACCAGUCUCAGGUGGAUCCUAAGAGGUCGUGUGAGGUCAAUGCUGCAGCUACCAACAGCUGGAUGUCCAAGAGUUCUGCUCUCAACAGGGUACACAAACUUCAUCAAGAAGUUUAUGAAAGUCAGCUUAUUGCAAUCAGUGCAACUACUUGUGCAAGUCCAGAUUUCUUUGAGGAGUUGAAGCAGCUGUAUAGAGUGAGUAGAUGGGGAACAGGGAUCGCAUCAACAGAGAUGGCCAUUCUUGCUACAACCAUGGCUCUCAAUCCAGAACCAGCUUUACUUAAGUUUUUCAGAAACAUCCCAUCCCUCCGACCUUACUUCACUGAGUACCUGGGAGAAUGUGGCCGUGUCAUCUUGACUGAACCCAGCGGCAAACCUCUCGGCAACUACCUCAAAGCAUCAUGGAAAGACAGGGUUGACAUCUCUCUUAAGAUCCUCCAAAUGAUCGAAGACUUUCACGACUCCAGUGACAAGUGGCUGGUCUUGCUCCUAGACUUUGGUUAUGAAAACUUUGUCAUGACCUCCGAAGGGCAGCUGAAGGUCGUGAACCUCGGUGGUAUGGUGAUCGUCGAUAAGGAUCAGACCUCCACAACACCUGACAUGAACCCGCAUCUGAACAACCGCACAGAGCUUUGUAACGAAGAUUGCCUGAACACAUUUGUGAAGCAGCUGCAGACGGAACCGGAUACUCACUGUAGAGAAGUCCCAAGACAUGUUGAACUCAUGUAUAUGAUGGCUUGCCAUUCUCUACUCUCUGACCUCAUGACAACUAAAUAUGAACGGUUCUUCCAGCCUCUGGAUACUCCCAGGAAGCAUCAUCCAGGUGGUAUGCUUCACGAUGCUCCCUAUGAGGUAGAUUCCGUGCUCUCUGAACUGCUCUACGAGUGUGUCUUUGAAGGCCAGCCUGGAAGAAGGAUGCACUCUGUCAGGGUUCUCAAACGCCUUCUAACUAUCAUCCAGAGAGGCUUCUCCUACAAGGAUGCUGCUGACAGGACAUCGCUAUGACAACAUCUAAGAUGAUGCUCUCCAAGUGCUGUGUCUUUCAUUUACUAGCCUGGUAGGAGGACUCUCUCAGCCAGGGAUCUUCAUAGCCUCCUUCGUAUUUUCUAGCUGGGUUUCUCCUUCAAGGUCUUGCUGGCAAGUCAUCAGCAUGACGAUGCAAUCAAACAGGGUUAACUUCUUUGUAUCAUCCAAAAAGGAUGACGUUGCUAUGACAACAUCUACUAGCCUAGGAGGAGGAUGCAUUCUUCAGGAUUCAUGAACAUCUCAUUAACCCAUAAAAGGAUUUGCAGUGGUGGUAUCACCAUGCCAGAUGAUGCUCUCAUGUACUAAAGGAGACUCUCUUAGAGUCUACUUUUGUGUGCAACAGAUGUCAUGAAAUGUUAGUGGAAGAGUUAACAAAGUUAGCAGUAUUAGAAGUAGUAAAAGAUACCUAGACUUAAAAAAUGAUACACAAUGUCUAAAUGACUACCUCUCGUUCAACUGGCUUAUAAAUAGCCAAUGGAAAGCUGUGUUAAGCAAUGUUAUAUCUUAAUCAGCAAAAUGACUGCAUGUCUUUCUCUUCCUGGAGUAUUUAUAUAAAGAAGAUUACCAAGAUAUUUUCUCAGCUUUUUACAAGGAACUGAACCUGACCACUGGAAUAAUUGCCUCAGGACCAAGUCAAAUACUUGCAAGUAUUUGAAUGUGUAGAAUUACACAACAAGAGGGAGCUAGUUGUGAUUGGACCCAGGUAUAUGUUAACUCUUGUACAGUCUGUGCAUGAGUGUUGAAUGCAGAUAC